CGCUGGCUGUUAUCCCGUUGAAAUUCGACAUCUAAUCAAGAAAAACCGAGAAAAUCCCCGGAAAGGAGCAAAACAAAGUACUACGCAAUACCACUGCGAUGGCGACGAUUGAAGAGGCGAGCGGGUGUUGAAAAAAUCAGAUCGGGAUAGGAUUUGGCCAUAAGUCGGCCCAAGAAGUCAGCCAAAUUCCUGAAAAACGCUAAUCAAACCGAGGCCCAAACGUACAGAAUCGCUGUCGGUGGCACACAGAUGAGACAUGCAAAUAGUGCUGAUGGUUAAGACACAUCGCAGCAGCAGUGGACAUAGCGGACUAGAGCAAUAACAGUAUAGACGAAGACCCGAUCGUCUCCAGAAGUCGUGUCCUGGGUGGCAGAAUGUCCAAGAGGAGUUGUCACAUACUCACCCUGCUGGGUUUGUGCCUGGUCUGUCAUGAGGCGGCCGUGGUUAAGGGUCAUGUGUUGGUCUACCGAAAAGCAACGAGCCAGUUGAUUGAGGAAUUCAAUGAUAUGCCAGCACAAUUCGGCCCCCAUCUGCCAUCAAAUGGUCUCAAAGUGUACGUGGUUCCCGCCAAGCGCCCUUACUAUGGUUGUGAUAGUCUGGACAGGCCACCGCACCUGAAUUACCCACCCUCAGCCAAAUUUGUAGCCCUAGUAUCGCGCGGUGGCGAUUGCACCUUUGAGCGGAAGGUACGAGUGGCCCAGAACGCAAGCUAUUCUGCUGUGAUUGUUUACAAUAAUGAAGGCGAUGACUUGGAACAAAUGUCCGCUGACAAUUCGUCUGGCAUUAGAAUACCCUCGGUUUUCGUGGGCCAUACGACCGGUGUGGCUCUGGCCACCUACAUGACGCCCGAAGUGGUGCUAAUCAUCAACGAUGAGCUGCCCUUCAACAUUAACACCCAGCUGAUAUUGCCCUUCUCCAUACUGAUUGGCCUCUGCUUCAUCAUCAUGGUUAUCUAUAUGAUCUACAAGUGCAUCCGCGAGCAGCGCCGCCUGCGUCGCCAUCGACUGCCAAAGAGUAUGCUGAAGAAGUUGCCAGUGCUUCGCUACACGAAAAACAACGCGAACAACAAAUAUGACACCUGCGUGAUUUGUCUGGAGGACUUCAUCGAGGACGAUAAGCUGCGUGUGCUGCCAUGCUCGCAUCCUUAUCACACACAUUGCAUCGAUCCAUGGCUAACCGAAAAUCGACGCGUCUGUCCCAUCUGUAAGCGCAAGGUUUUUACGAAGGGCGAAGCGCGUGCAAGUCGGAGUCGACAGCCUUCUUUGGAUAAUGUCACCGAUACAGAUGACGAUACGACGCCUCUGCUGCAGCAACAACAGUCCAACAGCCGGCAGGCGGUGCAGGUGAGCUCCGCCUCCUCAGCUGCCGGAGCAGCUGCCGGGAGCAGCUCGAGUGUUGCGGCGGCUGCUGUCGCCGGAACAACGCGACACGGAACCUUCCGACGUGGAGACGCUGGCCGAAAUCCAUUCGAGGAGUCGCAAAGCUCUGACGAUGAGAACGGUGCGUCUGCUCGCGAAAUUAAUUCUUUGAUUGUUCAAAUAACUAAUCGAAUUGCUUAUGCAGUCCUGCUGAACUCAGCUGUGCGUCCGGCCACGUCCUCUGGAGCCCACGAACGCAUCAAUCCAUUCGAUCGUGCUCCUAAUCUGCCGGCUCAUCUAGCCGAACAGUUAACUGAAAGUCGUCCCUCGGUCUGGUCGCGAAUUAAUUUUGGGUCGUUCUUCCGCCGCCAGCCAACAGUUAUUAGUGUGGCGGCGCCACCCUAUCUGGAGCACGUUGAGUCCGGUACCAGUGCCAUGGGUUUGCCAGUGACGGGGACAAUUGCUGUAGCCUCGCCCGCAUCGAACAACAUCCUCAAUCCGAAUUUAAGCGGCUCCUUCAAGGACGACGACGAUAUGCCACCGCAUCGCUCGAUCUACGAACCGAUAGCAAUCAGCACGCCUGCCGCGGACUCAACAGGCGUCGACGAUUCGGCGUUCCUGCAAACGCCCACGCAGGGCGGCAUAGGCGUGGCCGCCCUGCCGCACAGCGCAUCCGAUCGCCAGUUUCUCAUAUGAGGCGAGUUAGUUCGCCGCGAGUCCUUAGCCUGUAGGUUGUAGGUGGUCGCCGAUCCUCGAACAAUGAACCCGGGUCCGGUUUUCGUUUGGGUUCGCGAUCAAUGCUGUGGCUGCCAGCUGCUUUGUUUUAAACAAUUAACAAAUGUUUAUUAUUAAUAUUAAUAAAUAUGUAGCCGAACCUUGUGUUGGACUGUGCGCUGUCCCACUUCCAGGGCACCCACCCACAAAACCCAAUCACAGACACGAAACACACACACGUCAUUUAUAUGCGUAUACAAAUUGUGAUUUAUUUUAUAUACAUUUUACAAUUAACCCAAUUGGCACACUGAAUACCGCCUAGCCUGCAAACUCCCAACCAAAAAUGUAAACGGUAGAUGCAAACCGAAAAAUACCAAGUUAAGAUUUAAUUGUUUACCUGAUUCGCAUUAAUCAUUGAUCUGUUGUACAAUUCAAACACCCAAAUAUCCAAACAACACUAAGACACACCUAUUAAACUGAUUCACGACCAUAGUCAUGUUUUUCCCAAAUAGUGGUCUUUUUAUUUUGAUGUAUUUGAGAACUGUUUUCCAACAAAAUCGCAAUGAAAUUAAUUGAAACAAAUGAUUAAAUGGCAUUGGCCUGUAUAUUGUACAUUAUUCUCGAUUUAACUAAUUUUAAGUUUACUAUAUAGCGUAUGAAACUGAAAUCCAAUGAUGCAAUAGAUUUUCGACCCAUGUCUAUUUUUUCAAAUAUGAUCAAAUUAUAAUUCAAGUCAAUGUCGUUGCCACACUCUACUAAAGUAGAAUCCGUAAGCGCUAGUUUGUGAUUAUUUUUCCCAAAAAAAAAUUAAGUAUGCAACCACUAAAAGCUGUUUACAACAAAACGAAAUCAAUUAGGGCAUAGAUGCAGAUAUAUAUAUUUAAAAAUGCUGUGGCAGUAUAAUCUAAAUAUAAUUUACAUUCAAGAAAAUAAACGUAAU